AUGUCAGACGUCAAGCAAGCAGUGGGCUACCAGCAGAUAUCCGCACAUUUUCAAAGACAGGACGGGAAACGAUUUCUUGAAGAUGCAAGGCCUUGUCCUGGAGACUCCAUCUUGGAUUUAGGCUGCGGUACUGGUGAGCUGUCCGCCUACCUAGCUCAGUUAGUUGGUCAAGAAGGCAAAGUUGUGGCUGUCGAUCCCGACGUCGAUAGGAUUCAAGUGGCUCAGAAGUCCCACACCAGUUACUCUCAGUACUUCAGAGUCUCUUUAUCCCGGCGUCCGGAACAAGUGAGAAGCCAGAAUGUCAGACGUCAAGCAAGCAGUGGGCUACCAGCAGAUAUCGCACAUUUUCAAAGACAGGACGGGAAACGAUUUCUUGAAGAUGCAAGGCCUUGUCCUGGAGACUCCAUCUUGGAUUUAGGCUGCGGUACUGGUGAGCUGUCCGCCUACCUAGCUCAGUUAGUUGGUCAAGAAGGCAAAGUUGUGGCUGUCGAUCCCGACGUCGAUAGGAUUCAAGUGGCCCAGAAGUCCCACACCAGUGUAAAGAAUCUUGUAUUUCUCGAAGGAAGCGCGUCCAACUUUCCAGGAAUGGGGACAGAAACUUACGACAUCAUUUUCUGCAACUAUGUGCUGCACUGGAUUCCAGACAAAGAAGAGCUAUUCAAGAACAUGUUCAGCAGUCUCAAACCAACAGGAAAGAUUGCGCUGCAGUACAGUGAUCACAUGCCGACUUUGUAUGAUCACGCCUAUCGCGAACUGAACCCAGAAAAUAUCAAUCGCAUAAUAGACAUGCAUUACUUCGAAUCUAGGUCAGGUGUCGAAAAGAUGUGCAAAGCUGCUGGCUUUGACAUAGUUAAGAGUUACGACGUGAAAAGAAGCGAUCACCAGUUUGAAAACGGCGAGAGCAUUCGUAAAUAUUUCUGGGCAACCACACACGGUGUGUUUGAUCCUGAGCUCGUCACAGAAGAUAGGUUAACAACAUUUUGCAAUCGGUAUUCAAUCGAAGGCGGUGCUCCAUUCAGGUUUCUGGGCGAGGGUGAUUUUCAUAGUGCGUUGAUUGCAGUCAAGCCAGCUAAACCGGUAUUAGCAGGAUAACAAAUAUCCAGUAAAAUGCAGAAAAAAAUCUGCCAAAACCAGCUAAAACGGAAUAGAAUUACUCUUUGCUUCUGUUUCCGCGAGAAACUUGCGAAAGGUCGAUCAAGGGGUUAAAAUAAAAUGAGUACAUAUGUUGAAACUGUAUUUUUCUUGAUAAAGAACCAUGAAACGAUGGACUGAAAAUAACAGACUAACACUUGAUGAGUUGUAAUUGUUCAAGAGAGUGCAUGAUCGCCAUAUAAAUACAGUACCUUGUAAUCGUUAUCACUCACAUGUACGUAGGUAAAUCAUUUGUGUGAUGUAUGUAACUGGUACACUGUAUCAUGCAACUAUUUUUCAUUAAAUUUGUGUAUAAUUAG